CGUGGAGAGAAAAAGAGAGGUAAAUGGAAUAAGGAGGAGGAUAGACGAAUUAUUAAGCUUCGAAAAAAAGGCAAGAGCUGGGAAGAUAUCUCGUCUCAGCUUCCUGGUAGAACGAAAGUCGCAUGUUCUCGACAUUAUGACCAAUACCUAUCAGGGAGAACA